AUGAAGUAUUUGAUUCUUCUGUCGGCCGUUGCCUUGGCUGUUUCAGCUGGAGGAGAUGUCUUGGAGUACACUGACAGCAACUUCGAGGAUAUGAUCAAGCAACACGAGGUUGCUCUUGUCAAGUUCUACGCUCCAUGGUGCGGUCACUGUAAGAAAAUGGCUCCAGAAUACGAUGCUGCUUCUGCUAAGUUGAAGAAUAACGAUCCCUCUGUAGCUCUUGUGAAGGUUGAUUGUACCACCGAAAAGGAAGUCUGUGACAAAUACCAAGUCAAGGGAUUCCCAACCCUCAAAAUCUUCCGUCAUGGAGCUGUUGCUCAAGAGUACGAUGGACCAAGAGAUGCUGCUGGUAUGGUUAAGUACAUGAGAGGACAAACUGGACCAUCCGCCAAGGAACUUAAGAGCGUCCAAGACUUCCAGAAAUUCACUUCUACUGAUGAGACCGUUGUCAUCGGAUUCUUCGAAGGAGAGAGCAAACUCAAGGAUUCUUUCCUCAAGGUUGCUGAUACUGAGAGAGAUCGUUUCACAUUCGCUUACACUGCUAACCCAGAAGUUCUCAAGGCUGCUGGAUAUUCUGAUGAUAUCGUUGUCUUCGCCCCCAAGAAGCUUGCCACCAAAUUUGAGAGUAACGAGUACAAGUACGAUGGAAACUACGACACUGACAAAAUCAAGCAUUUCCUCGUUCACGAGACUGUUGGAUUAGCCGGAAUUAGAACUCAAGGAAACCUCUUCCAAUUCGAAUUCAAGCCAAUGGUUGUCGUUUACUACAAUGUUGACUACGUCAAGGACCCUAAGGGAUCUAACUACUGGAGAAACAGAGUCUUGAAGGUUGCUCAAGACUUCAAGAGAAAGGUUCAAUUCGCUGUUUCCAACAAGGAAGAGUUCGCUCAAGAAAUCGAAACCCAAGGAUUAGGAGAGAGAAAAGACUCUGACAAGCCAAUCGUUGCUAUGAUCACCAACGACGGAAAAUUCCCCAUGGAUACCGAGUUCAGCAUUGAUAACCUCAAGGCCUUCGUCUCAACUGUUCUCGCCGGAAAUGCCGAGCCAUACAUGAAGUCCGAGCCUGUCCCAGAAGAACAAGGAGAUGUUAAGGUCGCCGUCGGAAAGAACUUCAAGGAACUCAUCCUCGACUCUGACAAGGAUGUUCUCAUCGAGUUCUACGCUCCAUGGUGCGGACACUGCAAGACUCUUGCCCCCAAGUACGAGGAACUCGCCGCUAAGUUGAGCAGUGAAGACGUUAUCAUCGCCAAGAUGGAUGCUACUGCCAAUGAUGUCCCACCACUUUUCGAAGUCAGAGGAUUCCCAACUCUCUUCUGGUUGCCAAAGAACGACAAAUCUAACCCUGUGCCAUACAACGGAGGACGCGAAGUUAAGGAUUUCGUCAACUUCAUCGCUAAGCGUUCCACUGACGGUCUCAACGGAUUCGGAAGAGACGGAAAGAAGAAGAAGAAGACUGAGUUGUAA